CCUUGCCGGCCUUUUUUCUUUUAUUUUCUCAUUUUCUUUUUAUUUUAUACUACUUUUUUGCAUCCACAAUGGUUACUAACAGCUCUACGACCAAAAACACUAGCAGCAGCAGCACAGCCGCCGCCACAUCCACCAGCCAAUCCGGCCAAACCAGCCGCGCAUCAACCGUGUUUCGCAGUCUCUGGAAGGGCCAGGACCGGCUAGUAGGAUCCCAAGGACGGUUCCGCGUCGAAGUGUACCUCCAGAUGCUCAACACCCUCGACUGGCGCAGCCUCGGAUCCCUCCUCGUCCAAUUAUGCCAGCCACUCAAUGACCUCCCUAACAACACAAACAACCGGCCGCAGGUAUCCCGAUGCCUUGUGGCUUUGGCAAUUGCAUUGUCGCAUAUGCAGACCGUGCGUAUGGAGGAGUCGAUAACGCCGGUUAAUUGCAAAUUCGUCGCUAGCGUGUUUGCCACUAUGAUGCGCGCCACAAUAUGGGUGGUGGGAGAUUUGCCGACAACGACGGAGGAUCCUGGUCUGAUUGCUCUUGUGCAGCAGCAGGUGUUCAAGGCCGUAGCAAUGGCACUGGUGGUAGAUAAGCGCGGAUCCGACAGGGCAGAGAGAUUUGCGAGCGAGGCGGUUUUAGACGGAUUGCUGGGCCCGUCCACGGCAGAUAUCGGCGGAGGGUGGUCGGUUAAUAAAGCGUUUGUGCAGCCGCCGCCUGCGAAGAAACAGCGAGCGGCGGAUUCGAGCACUUUGAGUAUUGAGCACGCUGAUUUGCUGCGUUUGUUCGCUCGCGCGCUGAGCGAUAAAAGCGCCGUGCGCAGCGAUAAGUACGUGGUCAGGAUCCUGCGAGCGCGCAAUGGCGCCGUGGCCAAUAGGAUUUUGGGCUCGGACAAAGAAAAGCCGGUGUAUGGAGCAAGUGUCGCUCACCAGCUGUUUGUUCUUGUAGGCACCCUGGCUGACCGCAGCAGUGACAUUUUGUGGCCACUGCAGACAGGCGCAAAUAAUGAAAAUGCGGCGACACAGGCGAAAGAGGAUGAGGGCCAUAUCGGCGGGCUAUUCGCCUGCGUCCGGGACAUAAUACCCUCGCUUCGCGCCGAUUUGACGCAAGGCACUGUGUCGGCCCAAGUCACCGACCAGCUGCUCGAAUCUAUCAAUCGACUGUGUGUCGGAUUGGCAUUGGUGUUCAGACCAUAUGUUCUGGCCGGAUCUGGGUCCGGAGGCACGUCUGUUUACGCGUACUGUGCACAGAAGAAACACCGGUGUUACCAGUGGGCAGCAUUGUGUCGCAUAACAACGUGGGUCUCGUGCUGGGGAAACCUGUCGGCCACGUCACAAACAAUGCGCGAGAGCUGCGCCGAAGCUAUGGCCGAGGGCGGCCGCAUCUGUUGGAUCCAAGUGGCUAAAUCCGAGUCAUACAUGUCACCAUCUGCAGCAGCAGCGGCGGAUCCGGCCAUUUGGCUGCUCGUUCUCUCCGAAUCGCUCUUUAGCGUGGCGCUCGAGUACCCGCAUGCCCGCAUAAAGCCGGUAUCCAGUAAGCCGCCGUUUACGUUUUCGGAAGACAGCCAGACGCAAGUGUUUUCUUUACUCGCUGCACUGCUGUCCCUAAUGGGCCGUUCUUUUGUCGACUUGACUGCGACCAGCGCGAUGCGCUCUUUGUUGCUCAACUGCAUGGCGGCCUGCGAUAGGAUAAUGCGGCUGGUGCGCCCGCGUGCUGCAUCACUAGGCCUGUUCCAGCCGUGCACCCUGCAGUCGCCGUUUGUCGGCAAGGACAACAAUGAGAAUGCGUUUAGUUGGUUUCGGUGCACCGCCGCAGAGUACAUUUUCAGGCCGAUGCCUUUGCCGAGCGCCGAAGAGGCAUCCUCGGCCAGCGACGCUGCCGAAAGGAGCAAGGCUGGUGCUGGUAUUUCGCAACUCGAGACCACUGGCAUAGAUUCGAUUGCUGAUCAGUGGCGCGAGGCAUUGGAAGAGAUUGCACAUGAGACUCGGAUCGCAAACGUAUUCGCGGCCAUCGAGGUCCUGGCCAAGGUGGUGGCCAGCAGCGACAGCAACGGUUCUUGCGAUUCUGGCAUGCGCAGCGUAUUGACAAUGUCAUUCCGGACUACUCUGCGGUGGCUGAGCACGUAUAUUGUUAGUGCGCGCGACAAUGUGGGCAGGCAGGCAGAACUCAUUGACGGCCAGCAGCGCAUCAAGAUCAGGGUUGUCGGUGAUAAAGUGCGGCUGCAUAGGUCGGCCACGGACUGGUCGCGGGUGCAGAGGGUUCCCACGCUGCGCGUCGACAGGGUCAGCGAUACAGAGUCUGGCGACAGUAACGACGCUGGGAAUGAUGCCGCUAGCGAUGACAGGAAUGCCGAUGAUGCUGUUAUUGAACAAACCACGUAUACAUCGAUGCUGGCCCGUACACUUCGCCUGUUUGCCGCAUUUUCGACGUACAAGCUGCUCGGAGACAAUUUUCAGCUAACUCUGGAACGGUGCCUUGUCUGGAGUAAUGAUGACCCAGCAGCGGGCGAGUGCGGGGCAGAACACAUUGUUGCAACUUGCCGAGCAUUCAAUCGCCUACUGUCCGAGAAUGACUUCCGCAGCGUUGCGUUUGCCUCGCUGCAGAUUCUCUCGGGCAUCGUGGGCGUGCGUUCGCACCUGUAUACCAGCGAAAUUGAUAAUCUGCGACUGCCACACCUAUGUGCCCGAGGUCACAGCCCGCGGUCGAGUGAGUCGAUGAUGCAGCUGGCAAUGCACAUGGGCCUGGGCCGACUGCUCCUCGAGCCCGCAUUCAUUGUGCGCUGUGUCCAGGGUACGCGUGACGGCCGCCUGUUGCAAAGCCCACUGAUGAUCUGUACAGUGCAGAUCUGGCUAGACAUGAUUGGCAAUAUUGUCAGGCACAGCCUGUUUCGCGUGUAUUUGGGGUUCCCGGCCAACUCCAAGGGCAGGGCCACGUUCGUGGAUGCGCUGGCUCCCUCGCUGGGAUUCAUGACCUGGUGGGGGCUCGCUUUGUCUGCUGGCGUCCGCUGUCUAUUGGAUGUGUUGCGGUCGGUCCAGGGCAGCGGAACUGGUAGUUCGAGCCAAACUAGACUCGCGUACAUACUGCCGUCACACCUGAUGUCCUGGCACAUGUACUUGCCAACAACGGACAGCUCGAUAAGGAAUUUGGGCGGAUUCCAGCAGGACGCCAUGCCAGCACCAGCAGCAGAAGCGGCGUUGACACCGUCCGGGUGCGUAGAAAAGGAGCCGACCAAGUCUGACAUUGGUCAAUUGUAUGCUUGGCUGUUGUCGUUCCCACAUCUGGAAAAGUCGCAUUCAGUCGUCUACAUUGUGUACUAUCUUGCAGCCAAGCUGUGGUUGGAUGUACCGGCGCUCAGGGCUAGCGAACUGAGCGAAACCACUUUGCGGAUUAGUCGGGACGUGUGGGGCCUGGGGUCGGACUCGAUUCAGCUCUUUGUGCGUCUCAUUCACAACCCAGCGCUUUGGCAGGUGUUUGUCGGGCUCGGCUUGGUCUCUGACUUUGCCGACGUGAUAAAGAGACUAUUUUUGCGCCAGGACUUGCCAAACUUUCUUGACGACCUUGUGUUCCAGUCACCCGAUGACCAACAUGCCAAUCUGAUUACAUUCCCGCUUAUCGACCAUGAUGACGAAUACGGGAUCAAGCACAAACCAGCAGGGGCAUUCCCAGGAGGAGAUCUGGUAGACAAGUUGCUUCAUGGGGCACUGCAGCUGCACAGGAGCGCGCCCAAGCAAAGGCCAGCAGCCGACUACUAUAGUGAGCCCAUGCUCGCGCAGCUAUGGACCACAUACGUCAACAACUUGUUUGGCUUGCCGAUCAAUAUUGUGCUCCACUCGACGACCGGCAAUUACUUUGACGGUGGUGUGGCAGCAACCAACUCGGCCAGCGGCAGCAGGAUGCUGGCAGUAGAGUCUCAAGCUGAUGUGCUGGAAUGCUUGUAUGACAAGAGCAACGCACUAUUUGACAUGUUCUCGCCGCUUUUGGCUGUCAAAACAGCUCUGUCUGGGCCCAACGUCAUGUGGGACGCCAUCGAUGCAGCGCUGCCGGUUGAAAUGCUCUUGCGCGCAAUAAAUGUGGUCGACAAGUCCAGCAUUCCCAAAGUAUGCAUCUCGGCCGCGCUCAUUCUGCCAGACACACUGACGGCCAGGACUCGGGUCCCAGAAAUAAGCAAUAUCACUUUGUUUGUGGCCAGUUUUCUCGCGCAGCAGAUGACCAGGAGCGACCAGGACAGCGGUCGGUGUGGCGAAGCACUUUUGUUUCUGGCCUGGCGCCAGCUGCCCACGAUUCUGCGACAAGUUGCUUUGUGCACUGCUAAGCUCGAGGAUGUGGCUAUUUGUGUGGCGAAACAAAUAGGGAGAUUGAGUGCGUCUGUGCUCGCCACUUUAGGGACACAGCAUGACACCAUUGACUUGUUGAGCUCGGCGACAAUGGACGCGAAUGGCAGCGGCAGCGGUGCCCUCGAUUUGAUUAUUUUGAGCGGCAAUGACAGGGACGCCGCACAGCCUCUCAUAGCAACAUCAAAGGCGCUUGUUGUUGAGCACUCCCCAGUGUUUGCGGCCAUGGUUGGCGGUGCAUUUUUGGAGGGUCAAGUUGAACAAGGCAACACCACACAAUUGAAUUUGCAAAGCAACCACGCCGCCCUGUUUGCGCUUUUCGACAUAUUUCACAAAUACGCGCUGGUACUGCACCCUACUCCAGACACACAGUGGGACGCAGAAGUGCCCGCUCUGCUUUCUGCGUUUGCAAUGGUGCUCGAUCAACAAUACUCACCAGAUGAACUGGCUGCUGUACUCGAUUUGGCCAUUUACUACGAUAUGCGUCCAGUUGUCGCACUGUUGGCGUGGCACUUUAGCACCAAAACAGCCUCGCAUACUGCAUUUUCGGGGGACACGCUAGCAAUAUUGGCGGCAGUGUUUGGCGAAAGCUGGGAUUCAUUUCUUCUGGGGGAUAAGGCAGCAGAAUGUGCUGUGCGUCGGUCACUGGCAGCUAUCAUGAUACUCCACCUCGACGAAGUGGAUGUAGUAGGCGUGAUUGGGGACUCCUCAGACCCACUAUCCGACUAUGCUGAAUUCCUUUUCAGUUCGAAUUGAUUUGGUUAGCGAGCUUUGAAAGUGCCAACAAUACGAAUAUAAUCAAUUCGACAGCAAAUGUCGCGUGCAGCCUCGCCAUACCCAAUAUCUGCGUGUGUUGAGACGAAUGUUCCCUUUAAAAUAAAUGCGGCGGUGUAUAACUUUUGAUAUGUGGCGGAAACACAUAUCAUGCGUUGGCAUACAAUUAAUUAUUGUAACUGGUAUAGUGUAGUGAUGAUGUGCUGUGCACAAUAUUUAAUAUAUUGGCGGCUUGCUAUAACAAUACUAAAGAAUGUUCGAAUCGCGCUUACAGUUUCUUUAAAACUCGAAAAGUUUAUGUACUUGUUUGUAUUUAAUAGAAAAAUCCAG